AAAAAAUCAUUUAUCUUUCUCAUCUAUAUACCUGUUCAAUGGGUUGAGCCCAACAAGUCAAUAAGCCCAAAUAGUUUCAUCGUCUAACCGUUUCGAUUCGACUGCCACUCAUCUCUCCGGAUGACUCCGUCGCCAGUACAGGUUCUAGGGUUAUAGUCUUGCAGUUAUAUCUGUGCAGUUCCUCUCAAUUCAUCUCUCGCUUCUGCCAAGUCACAAACCUAGUUGCCGCGGAAUCGAUACCGCGAUGACUCUGGAGCACGUCUUGAACUACCUGAAACGCAACCACCUCGAGAAUCCAUCUUUCUCCUACGCAUUGGAGCAAGACGACGACAAUAACGGAAACAUUUUCUGGGCCGAUCCCACCUGCAGGUCGAACUACGCCCACUUCGGCGACACACUCGUAUUCGACACCGCCUACGUCAGGCGCAACCCUCAGCUCCCUCUCGCGGCCUUCACAGGCUUCAACCACCACGGCCAGCCUCUCCUCUUCGGCUGCGCUCUCCUCCUCAACCAAUCCCAAUCCUCCCUCUCCUGGCUCUUCCACUCCUGGCUCCAAGCCAUGUCCGCUUCUCCCCCUCCUCCUUCAAUCACCCUCGAGCCUGAUCCCGUGAUCCACCUCGCCGCUUCUCAGGCUUUCCCCCAGGCGCGUCUCCGUUUCAGCCUCCCUCUUAUAAUCGAGAAGCUCGGUCACCUGUCUCGGUCUCACCCCGGGUUCGAAUCGGAGUUCUUGAGCUGUGUCGGCGCGACGGAGACGGUUGCUGAGUUCGAGGGGGCGUGGGACUCUGUCGUGAGGAGGUAUUGUUUAGAGGAUGAUCACUGGGUUCAGUCUAUUUAUAGUGUGAGGGAACAGUGGGUUCCUGUUUUUAUUAAAGACACGUUUUUCGGAGAGCUGUGUAGUAGUAGUGAUGAGAGCUUUUUCCACGGGUUUGUGGACGCGUCGACGACGUUGGAGACGGUUAUGACUCGGUGCGAGGAAGCUGUUAACAGCUGGCGUGUGAAGGAGCUGAGAGAGGAUUACGAAUCGGCUAACACUGCUCCGGUUUUGAAGACGAGUUCUCCCAUGGAGAAGCAGGCUGCUGGAGUGUAUACACGAGCGGCGUUUUCGAGGUUUCAGGAGGAGUUGGUUGAGAUCCCUGAGAAUCCUGUGAGUAAGAUGAGUGAUUCCACUUACCGUGUGGGGAAGUUCGGGGGAGGUCACAGUGUUGAGUUUGAGUCUGGUGAGGUGAAAGCUAGUUGCAGCUGUAGGAUGUUUGAGUAUUCGGGGAUUGUUUGUAGACAUAUAUUGGCUGUGUUCAGUGCUGGGAAUGUUUUUACUCUUCCGUCUAGGUAUAUACUGAGGAGGUGGACCAAGGAAGCGAAGAGUGGCGAGUUUUCUUCAAACGGUGGUUGCGAUGAAUCUUUAACCGUCUGUUAUGAGAAUCUCCGCCAAGAAGCAACUAAGUAUGUUGAGGAGGGAGCCAAGUCUAUUCAGGUUUAUAAAGCUGCAGUGGUUGCCUUGGAUGAAGCUGCCAAGAAGGUUGCUGCUGCUGCUGCUGCAAGUAGUAAAACUAGAGGAGGGGAUUCUUCUUACCGUUCUGAGGAGGCUCAAGAAACUGCCAAUGGAAUGAAUCAUCCUGGGGUUAACGAACUUCAGUGUCAGGGUGAAAAGGAGAGGACCAUACUUGAGCUGACAGCUGAACUUGAGAGGACAGGUCAGCGAUGCGAAGUGUAUCGAGCAAACCUGUUGUCUGUUUUGAGAGAUUUGGAUGAACACAAGUUUCAGCUGUCUCUCAAGGUGCAAAACGCUAGGCUAAGCUUGAAAGAGUGAGUGCAAGACCUGAUGGAUGAUGCACAUACCAUCACAGUUCUACUCCAUGCUUGUUAUUGUGGGAACGAACUCCAUGCUUUUGAUAAAAAUCUUCUAGCUUCAACAACUCUGUACUUUGAAAAAGAUGAUAAGAGCACUGAUGUCAUGCUUAGAGAUGCUGCCAGAUGUUACAUUGUUAAAUCUAAUCGACCUUAUAAUUUACAUCUAUAACGAGUACAAGAUCCAUUAUUUCA